AUGUCAUCGAAUCUGCCGAUGCCCUGUGCGAUUCGCAACCUUUCAAGCUAUCCAUUACCUGGCAAACAUGUGCCCCAAGUUGUAAUUGAGAUCAACGGAGAGAAGGAUGGAGGGAAAAGGACAUUCUCAACGCUGGACCUUGUAGAAGGCACUGCUGUUGUAACUGUGACUCAAGAAACUUAUCUUGGUCAUGUUGAUAUCACUUUUGAAGGUAGCUCUACAACAUCCGCCAGUCGGGCAGUUUCAUUUGUGCCCGGCCGGAGAAAGGCUUCACACAAGUUCCUUCGCCUCAGACAACCAAUCGACAACUUUCAGGAAACACGUCUAGUACCUGGGCAAUCGUACAAGUUCCCCUUCUCUUUUGAAGUUCCUGAGAGCAUCAGCUCACAACAAUGCGACCAUUCAACCAAAGACGCCGAGGUGGAAGAAGCGCAUACUCAACUACCGCCGACAUUUGAGAGCCGUUCAUCUAAAUUUUGGCAGUCUACCGCCGGAGGUUGGGCCCCCAAGGCUUGCAGAAUUUCCUACAAAAUCCGAGUUGUGCUAUCAGAAAAGUCUCAGCCUUUUACCGGCACGACAAGCAGCAAAGUUUGUGAUGUUUCCCGAUCUCUACGAAUCAUGCCAGCUGCAAAGAUGGCAAAGGUCCUGGGCUGCCCACUUCAUUACCUGGUUCACGAGAAGCAAUCCGAAUGUCGCUCUUUAGGAAGAAACUUGGGAAAUCUCCAGGUAGCAGCCGAGGAGCCGAGGAAGAUCCAGAUUUCCGCUAUGAGGACUGGCAUGAACAAGAUUUCAGCUUCUGCUGCUGAACUUCACAUUACUUUCGACCCCAAGACAAACAUACCGCCGCCCCAACUAUGCAAGAUUCGAUCAAAACUCGAGGUAGCUACAUACUAUGGCACGACUCCAUGGGAAGACUACCCGACGACGAAAGAAAUGGAAUGUGCCAGUACUGAUCGCGAGGCAUAUGUCACGACCACCCCCCUUCAAUCAUUGGACUUGAGUUCGAUCCAAUGGGAAAGACUGCCUUCGUUCUAUGCAGCGAAAGUGAAAUUGGCAGACUCGGCUUCAGAGUAUUCAGUCAGCUCAUCUGGGACAUCACCCGAGCAUUCAUACACCGUUUCCGUCACUGUCCCGAUCAAUAUCCCAGAGGAGCAAGCCCUCGUGCCCACGUUUCACUCAUGUCUCGUGUCCCGCACCUAUGCCAUUGAUCUCGUUCUCUCCUACCAGGUACCAUCGGCGAUCUGCAAAUCUACCAUGAACAUGCGUAUCCCGAUCGAAGUAGUAUUUGGCAGAUGGGAAUCUUGA